AUGGGCUCGCCUCCGGGCUUCAGAUGGAGUGUUCUACUCGUGAUUGUGAUUCUAUCCCUUGCAGGAAUCUCGCGAGCCUCGAUAGGAGAUCGACUGCCCGACUUUCGCCAUUGUGUCCAAGUCUGCAUCGAGGAGAACUGUGACACCGGCAAGGCCACCAUCCCCCUGCACCUCCGACUACUCCUGUGGGAUUGCCCGUCAGAGUGCGACUACACCUGCCAACAUGUUAUCACGGAUCGACGCGUGGCUAGAGACCCGCCGAUGAUCGAGCCCGUGGUUCAGUACCACGGGAAAUGGCCGUUUUAUCGAUUCCUGGGCGUCCAGGAGCCGUUCUCGGUGCUGUUCUCGCUGAUGAACUUCCUGGCGCACCGGGAAGGCAUGCAGAGGCUGCGUGACGCGAUCCCGGCACACUACCCGCUGCGACCUUACUACCUCUGCUUCGGCUACUUUGGACUGGCCAGCUGGAUCUUCAGCAUGAUCUUCCACACGCGGGACUUCAACGUGACGGAGAAGCUGGACUAUUUCGCCGCCGGCGCCAGCGUCCUCUACGGCAUGUACUUCAGCGUCGUCCGCGUGUUCAGGCUCGACCAGGAGACACCCACCAAGCAGAGCGUCCUGCGGUUCUGGACCCUCCUCUGCCUCGCCCUCUACGCGGCUCACGUCACCUACUUGACCGCGUGGAGCUGGGACUACACGUACAACAUGGCCGCGAACGUGGCCUGUGGUCUUGUCCAGAACGUGCUGUGGAGCUGGUUCAGUAUUGAGCGAUACCGCAAGCUGCAGAAGACAUGGGCGGCGUGGCCCGGCUUGAUCGUGGCGUGGAUCAUUCUGGCCAUGAGUCUGGAGCUGUUCGAUUUCCCGCCCUUCUGGGGCAUGAUCGAUGCCCACAGCCUGUGGCAUCUAGGGACCGUCGUUCCGACGAUAUGGUGGUAUAGCUUCUUGAUUAAGGACGCGCAAGAAGACCUUUCCACACAACGUCUCAAGGCGUGA